UCACUGCAUGGCAUGUUUUUUUUUUCCUUGAUUAUUACAGAAACACAAGUCACCCAUCCUGAACCGGCCAGUAGACCAAUCCCUGUAUUUCCCCGUCCACAAGAGAGGAAGAAAGAAUAUCCAGUUUGGUUGCCGGUGGUGAUCAUUGGGAUAGCUGUAAUUCUGGGUUACCUCAUUUAUGCCAACAUGGAGCCGGCUGCAAAGAGCAACAUUCCUGGUGUUUCCAACAAAAUUGAAGUUUAG